AUGAAUGCCUCCAAAUGUUUUUCUGCUUUUGUCAAAAUAUCUCCUUGCAUAAAGUUUAAAAAAUUUAAAACAAAUAAAGCUGUAUUAACAAUAGUUAGAGGAUUAAAGAAUAUAUUGCAUUUGAAUCUAGUAAAGUCUGCUCUGGAUAAGUGUCACGGGACGUUCAACUUUAAAGGAUCCAAUAUAUUGCAUUUUCUUCCUUUGUGUGCCGUUUCUCAAGGACUCUCUGUUCCUUAUCAGUUCCUGGAAUACAGGAAUGAGCAGAGCUGCAUGCAGUUCUCAGGACUGAGAUCAUGGGAACUAUCCUGCUUGAAUUCCCUUCAGUGA